AUGUCAGCUAAAAGAGGUCGUGGUGGUGUCGGAGGUGGAAAAUUCCGUAUAUCACUAGGUUUACCCGUUGGUGCUGUGAUUAAUUGUGCUGAUAAUACUGGUGCGAAAAACUUGUUUGUCAUAUCAGUGAAGGGUUUUGGAGCAAGAUUAAAUCGUUUGCCUGCAGCAUGUGUCGGUGAUAUGAUCAUAUCCACAGUGAAAAAGGGUAAACCCGAUUUACGUAAAAAAGUUAUGCCAGCCGUUGUUAUUCGACAACGAAAACCAUUUCGCCGAAAGGAUGGUACAUUCAUUUAUUUUGAAGAUAAUGCUGGCGUUAUUGUUAAUAACAAAGGAGAGAUGAAAGGAUCAGCAAUAACGGGACCAGUAGCCAAAGAAUGUGCCGAUCUUUGGCCACGUAUUGCAGCGAACGCUCAAUCAGUUGCUUAA